AGGGAGGAAAACGUGUGUGCUGAUACAUUUGUAUUAUGGGUUUAUAUAUGAAAACCAUGUGGCUCGUACUUAAUGCAGAGUAGAAGCCAUAUCAGGCGAACAGAUGGGCAAACCGCGCGGGGCGUGGUCAGCACUUCACAGUGCACACGUGUUGUUGGAAGCUGGCUUCGCUAUGUGACGUGGUUUAAAAUCAAUGGAGAGUUUUGACAGCCUGAGCCACAACAACAACGUAAAGCUCUACCACGUUGCUUGGAAAGCCAUGGCGAGGCAUCCCGAAGUCUGCUGUAUUCUCCUUGCUGUGUCAUUCAUCGUAUUUUGUAAAUAUGGAUACAGCAUCCAGACAAAGCCUGUCAUCGUCCCUCCUCGCACUCCGUCUCGCUUCUUCCCCCUCAACUCCCUGGUAAAAGACUUCCCCUAUGGUGCCAUGGAACCUGUCACCAGCAUACUGGCUGAUAACGAGUUUAUAUUCAUCAUGUUCUAUGCACCUUGGUGUUCGAGAUCAAAAGUUGCCAGAGCAGAAUUUCAGAAAGCAGCCAGAGCUAUGCAGGGCGAGGUGAAAUUUGUGAGCAUCAACUGUUCAUGGAAGGAAGGAGAUUGCCGACGAAGACUGAAGUUCCCUUACUUCCCUCAGUUUUAUGUUUAUCAUACCCAUCUUAAUGGUUUCAGAUUUCAAGGUAUUAUAGGAGCAGAACACAUGGUGAAGUUUUUGGAUAAUCUGAGAUUUCCCCUAACAUUUAUAUAUGACAGACAGCGGUUGAAGGACUUCAUCUCUUCCCAGGAGACAUCAGUGGUGGGAUACUUUGACUAUGGGACAUCCCCAGAGCCACCUGGUUUCCAGCAAUUUUACUAUGCUGCAAUGCGAAUCUGUGAGCAAGAUCCAAUUUUUCCACCCAAGUUUGCAGUGGUAAAUUCUAAACAGUUAGGAGAGAUGUUUGAUUUACGCAGUCCAAGUAGAGUGGUCAUUACCAGGCGCUUCAACAUUACCUUGAAAUUCCCACUUGUGACCAAACUGACCUCAACUAACAUUGUUCAGUGGGUGAUGAAAAACAGCAUGAAGCCUUUGGUUAGCUGGGUUAUCCCCCCUGGUAUGAAGAGUCUCUUGCUUUCCUCCCAGCUGGACAAAGGACCUGUUCUUCUCCACUUCACCAGGCUUGACCCCCUGUAUGGUCUCCAUCAUUCCCUCACACUUCUGGAGAAGUCUGCCCUUGCCUAUAACAACUGUGGCCGUGAGACGGAUAUCAGUGAGUCUCUGAACAGUACAGUAUACAAGGGUUUAGCAGCCAGCAAGUUCUUUCUCCAGACUCUGUCCAUGUGUGACAACCUGAGGAGGCAGAGAAAGCAGUUCCUGUACACAAGGACAUGCUGUGUUAGUGUGGGGACUAGGGGAGAGACUAACAGCUCAAAGGGUGGUGCUGUCAGUGCCUGUGAGAUAUGUCAGCACUAUGAUAGCAUGACCCCACUCCAGUCAGGCUGUACCAUGAACUUACUCUACCCACAGCUGAAAAUGUCUGCACACAGACCAGUGGCCAAUAUCUGUGCAGAGUCCGUGAAAAACUACAAUGUUAAUCGUCAUACCAGCAUCUGCUGUGGAGUUAAUCGACAAAUAAACAGACAGUAUCCAGGAAAAAGAAAAUCUGUGCCGGGGCGUAGAGCUACAGACUAUUUCAUGGAAGUAGCUAAAGAGAGGAGCCAGCGACAUGCUUGUUGUAAGCUCCGCCUUCACGCAUCUCAGUCUUUGCCAGCUGGGUUGUUCCCCACGCAUGCACAGGUGCAGAGCGUUGAUUGGAUGAAAUCAGCAGGACUUGCCUGCGCAACCAAUCAGACGCUGUUUUUUGCUGUCAUGGAUAUUAAAUAUCACAUGUUAUUUGCCAAGAGAUUAGGUGUAAAUUUUGCUAAGGAUCAGCUACCGCCUGGUUCAUCCAUCACUGUUCUCAUUGACAAGAAGAAUGAAUGGCAUAGUUUUAUGAAAGAGCCAUUCUCAGAAAAUUCAAUAGAUAUAUUUUUACACAACUACACCCAGUCAUUGCUCAGCCGUCACCAGAAUAGUGAGGCGUCUCCCCAAACCUGUGAUAACCAUUCAGCUGUCUGUGUUACUGAUCUCACCACUCAUACAUUCCAUGCUGUUGUUAUGGAUACUAGUAAGGAUGUGUUGGUGUUGUUCUAUGCAUCAUGGUGUGGCUUCUGUACCAGCUUAUCUCAUGUUUACCUUGCCUUAGCCAGGUAUUUUAUCUCCGCCAAGAGUAUAAUUUUUACAAGGAUAGAUGCUGAUAGAAAUGACCUUCCUUGGGAGUUCACAGUUGAUGUCUACCCUACCUUGAUUUUCUUCCCAGCCAAAAGGAAAGCCGACAGUGUGGUUUUCCCAAAUGCUCUUCCAAAAACCCUCCCAAACCUGAUCAAGUUUGUACUUCGCCAUUCCAGCCAAGUCUUGCGUCUUGACACAGCCAGGGGAAUCUGUUCCAUGUCAUGUAUCCGCAGAAAUAGGAGAGAAGUGUCAUUUACCAUUGUGGAGUUGUAUAAACACAUUCGAAAAAUAAAACGGAAAGUUCCACAAACUCUACUUUCUUUGGACAGUGCAAGAAAUCAGAUUGACACUGACCUGACAAGAACUACGAAGGAAUUUCGAAUUCAACUUUUACUGAGUCAGUACAUAUUUUUGAAAAAACAACUGAGUAAAACAGAACAACAGGUGAAAAGUGCAAAGUUGUUGGAAGAUAUGUUGUCAAAAAGUAGUGAGAUGCUAUCAUUAUCAAGCCUUGAAUAUUUCAAUCAGCAGCACAGAACAUUGUUGACAAGGCUUGCAAAAACAGCUGAAAACCUCUCAACAAAGCCUUUGAGAGAUGAGUUGUGACUUUAGCCAUCCCAGUCUCAGUUUCUCAGCACUUUUCUGAUACUUUUACUUUUUUGAAAGCCUUAUGAGAUUUGCUGAAUGGACUUGUGAGAUAUGAAAUGUGGAAUGAAAAUAGGAUAAAGUCUCUUUCAUAAUCCCCAUUUGGAUGAUGUGAUUUUUUGAAUGCUGCAAUGGCUUGAAAUAGUGGAUGUUCAGUUUACACUGGAUUAGUUCGGUGUUCAAUUGGUUGACUCUUCUCAAUGUGUGAAUAGAGCUUAAUGCUAUGUGCACAAAACUACGUGCAAAAUGUCACACAGGUUGUAGUGAAAAUAAUAUUACCAAGGCUUUUAUAUAUACUGUAUAUAACAUUGCAUAGAGUUUUGGCUUCUUUCAGAGGCAUUUAGGAAUUGGGAUGGUAUAGAUUGACAGAGGCAUUACUUAUGCGUCUGUAAUGGCUCCGUCAAUCUAUUGAGUUUCUGAAAUAGACCUUGGUGUGAAAACAGCAGUUAGCAUCUUAUUGAUAAUGUUCAAAGGUAUGAAAAUAAUUUUUUUUUUUACCAGUAUCAAAGUUUUUGUGAUUGAGAGUGCUGAUAUAAAAAAAUAUUUCCAAUGCAGGUGUAGUGUCUUUCUAUUGUAGCUCUAAAUUUAAAAUUUCUUUAACAUUUAUAUGUAACAACUGACAUGGAGUAUUAGUUAGACUUUGCUACACAAGACAGUUUCAUACUUCUCUUUACUGAUAUUUUUUUUUUACUUAAAUUUCAAUGUUCCUUAAUGGUUGUUUUUAUCAGGAAAUUAGAGUGUGAAAGUUUACUUGACUGCAGAUAACUGAUAAUAUUUUUGAAACUGUCUCAGUAAACAUUCUUGUAUGUUUUGCUUGCUUGAUUGGAUGAGAGUCCUGUAGCAGAGUUGGGUGUGUUAAUGGCAACUUUCCUUGGAGUCAUCAUUUGUAUGAAAUAUAUUUUAAAAUUCAACAUUGAUGUCAUUGGGGUAAAAAGAUUUCCAUUUUUAUAUGUACAUGUAUACAAUAUUGCCAUUGAGUACAUGAAAUGAAUGGAGCUAGGUAUCGUAGCAAAGUGAUAUGAUUAUAGGUAUUUAUGAGUGCUGAAUGUACUUGGUUAUCCUGAAAUCUGUGGAUACUCUACCAACAGGUGACUCAUCAUGCAUAACCACUGGCGACGAGAGAAAUUAUCACAUGGCACUGCCUUUAUGUCCCAACAAAUAUUGGAAAUCAAUUUUUAUCCAUUUACAUUGUUUGCAUAUAAAUGUAUGUAUAUAAAUGUGAUCAUACUGCAUGUAAAGAAGGUGUCGAGUAAACAUGUAAAUGCCUUUUGUCUCUUUACUCCUCAGUUUUGUCCGGUCACUGUUGACACUUCCCUUGCACAUGUUCCAACAUGAUUUAAUAUAGUGCACUCUCUCGGUUUAAAUACAUGUAUUGGUAUUAUGAAAGCUACUUGUAUUUGAAACUUAAAGAACACUUAAAUUUCUGAAAGUGGUAUAAACUGAUGAAAAAAUGAAGUCCAUGUAAGUUUUUAUGCAGCAGUAAAUGUCAUCUUAUAGAAACAUGGGGGGAAAAAGUUGAACACUAAAUCCAGUUACAUUGAAGGUUGACACAAGGUAUGUGGCCGAGUGAAAAACUGCUGCAAUGGCUACACAGAGGUAUUUCACACUUUUAAUUUAUGUAUCAAAUGUAUGUACUUCCAGUUGUCCAUAUUUAAGAAAUGUACAUUGAAUGCAGUAAGAGAUUCUAAAAUUAUG